CUCUCCAACGAACGGCCCGCCACUGCGAAUCGGUUCUCGUUUAAAAAGAGCCGUUCAAAAACACUCGAGUCGUUCGCGAACGUCACAUGUUGACUGCCUUCCCCUCCAUUUUGUGUCGUCCGCUUCCGGACUUUCGGAGAAGGCUGCGAAUCAAACAGCCAGCAAGAAGACGAUGGAUCCCGUCACGCGUCAAGAGUGCGGUUAAAGUUUUCCCCUUCGAAGCCGAAAGUGUCGAAAAGUUCCUCUCGAACGUUCCGUGGAUUCGGAAAAAGGGCGCCAAGACGUCCCGCCGUGCAAAGUUGACAGCUGGAAGUAAACACCUCCAUGCUAACGAGCUAGCUGCAUGCUAACCUGUUAGCUGCAUGCUAACCGCGUCUCCCAGCGAGCUAACCCGGGUGUUGUCUUCUUGCCAGCGGCCUGGCGUCACUUCUGUAGCCCGGCGCGCAACCACCAGCCAAGAAUUGCCACCACCACACUUUUCAUUCAUGCGCUUUUUGUCCACUUCUUCAUCCAUUCGAGUGCAAGCGUAACGUCGCAGCAGAGAAGCUGAAGGGGCGUGUCGUUGAAUCCACACAAGAAGGUGCCAACAGAGGGACAGGAUGCCCAUUCCUCCCCCGCCGCCCCCGGGACCCCCGCCACCCCCCACCUUCAGUCAGGCCAACACCACCCCCCCCAAGCUGAGCUCGUCCGCGGCCAAGGGCAGAGGAGCGCUGCUGUCCGACAUCUGCUCAGGCACCCGGCUGAAGAAAGUGGGCGUGGUCAACGACCGCAGCGCCCCCAUUUUGGAGGGCUCUGGAGGAGGAGGAGGAGGAGGUCAUGGAGGUGGAGGUCCAAUGGGAAUGGGAGGUCUUUUCCAAGGAGGGGUGCCAAGGCUGCGAGCAGUUGGAGAUGGUUCAUCAGGUGGUUCUGUAGGAAGGUCCGCCCUCAGGCCCCCGGGGUCCCGGCCCUCUGCUCCUCGCCCCCCCACCAAUCGCUCCGUCUCACCCUCCCCGCAGGACCACCAGCGCUCCCACCGGCCCUCGCUGCCCGACAUCAGCCGCCCCCCGAGCAGCAACAGUAACUCCUCCAGCGGGGGGAUGAAGCACAGCACGUCCGCCCCGCCCCCUCCGCCGCCUUUCAACAGGGGUGGCCGUGGAAACGCACCGGCCACCCCCAACCAAAAGGCGUCGUCGGCGCAGAGUAGAGAGAAGCCCCUCCCUCCCACGCCAAGCAGAGGCCCCGCCCCUCCCAACUCCAGCAAGCUCUCGUCGUCCUCCAACAGACCCCCCGCCAGUGGCUCGUCGGCUCCUCCUCCGCCGCCGCCCUACAGGAUGCACACCGGGAUGUCCAACGGCCCCUCCCACACAGACGGGGGCGGAGCCCCUGAGCUGCCGCAGAGGCACAACUCUCUGAGUAAGAAAAACACGUCAGGGGGCGGCGGGCAAGGACGCAACCACGCUCCACCCCCUCCGCCCUCAUCGUCUCCGUCCCUGCAGCAAGUUAGCAGACCGCCGCCGCCCGCCAGAGAGCCCCCUGGCCGCCGAGCAGCCCCACAGGUGCCCCUCUCCAGCGCUCGCAACGGUAGCCGCGACGUCCCGCCCCCGCCGCCCCCGUACCGGGGCCACAGCUCGGCGGUGUCGGACUCUCUGAGCCGAGUGGGCAAACUUCAACCUCCUUCCUUCUCCUCCUCCUCGUCGUCGUCGUCCUCGUCCACCUCCUCCCGCACUCCUGCCGGACCCCCACCGCCGCCCCCGCCCAUCCGGAACGGCCACUCCGUCGUCUCCUCCUCCAAGUCUAUCUUAGAUGAUUUUGAAUCUAAGUUUAACUUCCACCCCAUGGACGACCUCCCACCUCCUGAGGAGUACCGACAUUUCAACAAGAUCUACCCCAGCAAGAGCAGUAAGAUCAUGUUGAGAGGAGCGCCCCCAGCACCACCAGUGGGAAGGUGAACACAAAUCAGCUCAGGACUUGAACUCUCAUCGGGCAAGUGGUCGUCUGGUCUGGUGGGGAGGGGUCCACACACGCACACACACACACACACACACACACGCACACACACAACACCAGCCUAGUCAACACGACGCCACGCAGCUUUGAUGAGACAACAAAACCACUCUUGAGGCCACAGUGAACUUUUUAGCCAGCGGGUGAGGACCACCACCACGUUCCCCCGCUGACACAUAUCAGGACCAGAGAGUGUCCAAGUUCCAUAUCUUUUCUUCCUGUGCUGCAUGUUGGUGUCUAGUUUGGUUGUGGCUGUCCCACACGCAUGAAUGUCGGCUUCCUGCUCUUCUUCUGUCCCACCUGACCACCGCUUGGGACCACCAUGUGCCAAAAGUGGGCGGAGUUUAAUGAACGAUGCUCUCCAUGUAACUAACCAUGAUUCCUGCCGACUCGUGACGGACGCGUCGUCUGCUUGUUGGUUUCGUUGCAUUCCUGGGGGGGGAUUUCUUGCUUUGACCCCCCCUCUAUUUUUCUUAAUGUGGGGGGUUUUUACGUUUGCAUCUUUGGGCAAUGUUGCACAGCGGCUAGUGGGGACACAGGAUACCCGUUUAAGGGACACCAGGUAGUGAGUGUCCUGACGUUUAAGGGACACCAGGUAGUGAGUGUCCUGACGUUUAAGGGACACCAGGUAGUGAGUGUCCUGACGUUUAAGGGACACCAGGUAGUGAGUGUCCUGACGUUUAAGGGACACCAGGUAGUAAGUGUCUUGGCGUAUAGGGGACACAUGGUGUGUCCUGACGUUUAGGGGACACAUGGUAGUAAGGGUCCUGACGUUAAGGGGACACGUGGUGUGUCCUGACGUUAAGAGGACACGUGGUGUGUCCUGACGUUAAGGAGACACAUGGCGUGUCCUGACGUUAAGGAGACACAUGGUGUGUCCUGACGUUAAGGGGACACAUGGUGUGUCCUGACGUUAAGGGGACACAUGGCGUGUCCUGACGUUUAGGGGACACAUGGUGUGUCCUGACGUUUAGGGUACACAUGGUAGUAAGGGUCCUGACAUUAAGGGGACACGUGGUGUGUCCUGACGUUAAGGGGACACGUGGUGUGUCCUGACGUUAAGGAGACACAUGGUGUGUCCUGACGUUUAGGGGACACAUGGUAGUAAGGGUCCUGACGUUAAGGGGACAUAUGGUAACGUGUGUCCUGACGUUUAGGGGACACAUGGUAGUAAGGGUCCUGACGUUAAGGGCACACGUGGUGUGUCCUGACGUUAAGGGGACACGUGGUGUGUCCUGACGUCAAGGGGACACAUGGCGUGUCCUGACGUCUAGGGGACACACGGCGUGUCCUGACGUUUAGGGGACACACGGCGUGUCCUGACAUUUAGUGGACACAUGGUAAUAAGGAUCCUGACGUUUAGGGGACAUAUGGUAACGUGUGUCCUGACGUUUAGAGGACACAUGGUGUGUCCUCCAUUUGUCUUGACAUUAAGGGGACACAAGGUAACAGGUGUCCUGACGUUUAGGGGACACAAGGUAACCGGUUUCCUGACGUUGAGGGGGACACAAGAUAACAGGUGUCCUGACGUUGAGGGGACACUAAGUAACAGGUGUCCUGACGUUUAGGGGACACAAGGUAACAGGUGUCCUGACGUUUAGGGGGGCACAAGGUAACAGGUGUCCUGACGUUGAGGGGACACUAAGUAACAGGUGUCCUGACGUUUACACACAGGUAAUGUAUGUCCUGACGUUUAGGGGACACAAGAUAACAGGUGUCCUGACGUUUAGGGGACACAAGAUAACAGGUGUCCUGACGUUUAGGGGACACAAGAUAACAGGUGUCCUGACGUUUAGGGGACACAAGAUAACAGGUGUCCUGACGUUUAGGGGACACAAGAUAACAGGUGUCCUGACGUUUAGGGGACACAGGUAACGUAUGUCCUGACGUUUAGGGGACACGAAGUAACAGGUGUCCUGACGUUUAGGGGACACAAGAUAACAGGUGUCCUGACGUUUAGGGGACACAAGAUAACAGGUGUCCUGAUGUUGAGGGGACACAGGUAACGUAUGUCCUGACGUUUAGGGGACACGAAGUAACAGGUGUCCUGGGUCCUGAUUGGUGGUGGACUGAGAGAAGUCUUGUCCCACGUUGAGUGCGCCACCAAGGCCACAUCUAGUUUAGCUAUGCAAGAGUUUGUACACGUUGGUCGCUAAGCAGAAAAGCGGCGACAAACACUAAAGUGCCAGAUUGUUCUUCUUGACGUCACUUUCACUUCUGACUGUAAAACACUAACGUCUCAAAUGUGACAAAAACAUGACUAUGGUCUUUGCCUUACACACUUGUUGUCCCGUCGGUACUGUGCUUUGACUUCUUUUAUUCUUCUUUUAAAGUCAUGACUUUAUUUGCAAAUGUAUAUUUCAUGAUAACCUAGCGACGAAUUAUCUAUUUUUGUGGUGUACAAAGAGUGUAAUAUAGGAAAGAAGCAGCCGAGCAAAGUUCAUAUCUUCUGCUCAUUUCCUCCUGUUUUUAUCACAUUUUCAAUAAAUAUAUUCCUGUUGGGGAAAAGGGCACGUCUGACUGGAAGACUUUUAUUCUGCUUUGCAUUCCACAAUAAACACACUUUAUCAUUAGCCACAGACUAUAUUGAAACCAAAACAAUGUUUCAACUCGUAAGUAUACAUGUUUAUUUUCAACACGGAAACAGGAUUAC